AGCGAGUUGAGGGACGAGCUAUGGUUCAUCGAAUUUGGCCGCGGGGUGGCCUUGCCCCUGACACCGGAAGAGGCCCCUGCUGAUGGGGAGCCGGUUGUACCCUGCGCUCAAGGUCGCGUCGUUACUGAAUCAGCAAGACCGGCACAGCCGCACUUUGCCACGUGUUCAACGUAUCGCAGACAUUUGACACAUUCGAACGGAACACAAACCUCCAGAGGAACAACCGCGUCAGUUGAUCAGGGUAAGGGUGCCAUUUCAAAAAAAUCGGUACCACAAAGUCCAGCAUUGAGGCCCGAGGACCUUGGCGUUACGCCAUGGUACUUUGAAGACUAUUCAACGGACUCACUACCUGGUCCUGGCGAUCAGAGCUCGUACCCCUCACAAUCACAAAACGGGAGAGAUACCAUCAAGCCGGAAUUAGCUUCUACAAGAAACAGCAGUAUGGAAAACGAUCAGUCAAGACCAUCGUCAACAUUGCCUAGAAAAGCGUGUAUGGACAUUAGAGAUGCAAUUGCUCUUUUAGAUGAGACUUGUCCCAAUCCAGAAGCCAGUCCUUCACUCACCCCACGUACUCCCUUGACCCCAUAUCCAAGAAAUAAGCGCGCUCGAUCUAAAAGUAGCGACAAUUCAUCAAACUACAGCAACGAUCGUCUCAGCGAGAGAUCCAUGGAGAACACCAAAGAGAAAGAGAAGAAAAGACCUUUCCUCCGAAAAAUUGGCAUUUCCAAAACGGAAGAUCGGCCAUUCCUCAGUAUUUUAGCACCAAAGAUCAUUGGCAAGCCAUAUUUGGAGAAAAUCGGACCAAGUAGAGCUGUGGAAAGACCCUUCUUGGACCACAUCGGUUCCUCCAGGACUUUAGAUAAAUUCACUUUCGAUACGCCGAGAAUAGAACGCAAGAAGCAAGAAUGUGCUGAACAAUCAUCAAAAAGUUUUGAAAAACAAGAACAUGUCGUGAAAUCCAGGGGAGACACCAAAAGCUUUCCCGAAAGAAGACGUUCUGGCAAGGCCUAUUUAUCAAAAAUGUAUUCCUUCGAGACGGAAGAUCUUGAUGAAGCCGCUCCUCUCAAGAGUCAUCGUGAUCCUCUUCGUGGAGCGUCUUUGAACGAUGUUCUCGACGCUGGACCCAGUAGUAUGUCACACAUAGAAACGCCUUCCAUUAAGGGUAAUUCAAAGCUAAAACCCCUGUCGACCAGCGCAGUGGAACUUGUCAAAUGUCGAGUUACCACAAGCGAGGAAAUCGUUUCAUCCACCACGUGCCUAAGUUCUCCGGCCGAAGUUACUUCAUGGGAAUACUCACCCAGACGUAAACACUGGGCCAAAAGGAUUACAUCAACGCCUAAAAUUCUAGCUCGCCGUCGACUAGAAAAUCCAGAUUCAAAAGAAAUUAUUCCAAGUGACGAGAGCACACCAAAUUCACCGACUAAACGGGCCAUUUCCUCAGUCUCUCCCGAACGACGCAACUUCAAACAAACUGAUGUUGGUUUCAUAAAAAAUCUCGAAUUUUCACCCUCAAAAACAAGACGACAAAUUUCAGAAGAUAUUCUCGAUAAGAAAAGUAACACCCAUACACAAAUCGAAAGAUGGGGCAUCUCAUCAGAUAAUCUCAAAAUGUCUCGAGAAACUGUCAUAAUAACACCUUCAUCAUCGUCUCUUAGACUUCAAAAUCAAGAAUGCAAAUCUUCCCUUGAACUUCCAACUGAAUCCCUUCAGGAUUCAACACAAACGGAAUUUUUAGGUAAAGAAAAUUUCAAACAAUUACAUGAUAAAUUCGAAUUACAGGAGAUACCCACCGAAACCUAUGUGGAAUUUAAACAACGCACCAAAGGUCAUUUUCCUGCGUCAGCUAUGCUUCGUAAAGUUAUUGCUCACGAGAAAACUAUAUCACCAACGUACGAUGUUAGCGAUUCUCUAAAAGGCGAUAAAAACCGUUUCGAAUGUUUGGAGAGAAACAAAAUUGACACCGAAAGAAAUAAAAUCGAAUCCUCCGAUAAGAUACGAGAUCUGGAGAAAUCGAAAAGUUCUGAUGACAAGGAAUUGGAAAAAGGAGUUGAAGAAAAACCAAAGCUCCAAGUACGAAGAGGAACAGUGAGAUCCGUAUUGAGAAAACAAGAGGGAGUGGAUCAUCAAAGUGAUCAUGAAUCUGAUACAAAUACUUCCUUUAAACGAACUAAGCCAAAAAUUCCACAUGAACCGUCUCAAGAGACAAUGGAUCUUUUAACAGAAUUGAGAAAAGUUAAAAGUCUCCUAAAAACUCCCUCAACGGAAAAAGAUUAUGAUCUUGAGAAACUGAAGGAUGUAACAAAAAUUCCCAAGAAAAUUCUCUUAACAGAUAAAGAAUUUUGUCUCUCGAUCGAACGGGAGAAUAGUAUUCGAAGACCGUCGCGACUAAAUUCCGAAGUUAUGGAUCAAUUUUCCCUCGAGAAAAAGAAAAAGGAAAACUCGCUAGAUGAAAAACAUUCUGCACUCUUUGAAAAAAGAUGUCUAUCACUUGAUUUUGCUGAUGAUGAAAAAUCUCAUAAACCCAGUACUCGUGCAAUUUCACUAGCUUCAACUAAAAGUCUUCUUUCCGAUACUGAAGAAGUUGAGAAUCUCGAUUCAAAAAGCAGUUGUUCUGAAGUUUUCAAUACUCCCGAUGAACAUGAUAAAAAAACCAAUAAUAUAUUCGUAACAGAGUCAAAAUUAAAAUCAAAUCAUUGUUUAGAGGUGGAUGCUGGUAAUUCUUUGGAAUUAAAAUCAAGUCCAAAGAAAAAAUUACCACCUCAGGGUCGUACGAGUGAUGCCUAUGAAAUUAUUUCACCAAGAACAACGCCGUUUCGAAUGAAAAAACGUUUGGGUCGAAUAUCCGUAGAAGAUUCAUUGAAACAGGAAAGUUUCACGUUAGAUAAAACGGAUUGCAAAUCGAUUAUCGUACAGAAAAAAACCAAGUGCUUCCCCUUAUAACGUUAACGCACAAGGCGAAGGCUAAGUUUUAACUGCGGCUUUCAAUUAUAAUCGUUUGUUCCGUGAUUUAUAUUGUGACUCGAUCAAUCGACUGAUCAGCGAUAUAUACACAUAUAUAUAACGAACUCUGAAAAGACCAACUGAUCUGGUUAUCUUUACGGAACAAGCUUUUGGACCACUUUUCUAUUUAUGUAGUGUAAAGAAAGUCACGACAUUUUGGCACAAGAUUCUAAAAUUAAACCCCCCAAGAGUCGAGUUUCAUCUCUAACAUUUAUUUGUGAAAAGUUUCUUUUGAAUUUUUUAUAGAAAGAUAUACGAAUCAUCAUUCGCUAUAUUAAUUGGUCAAUUUACUCUUUUGAGAUGUGUGUUUUUUUUGGUAAUGAAAUUUUUGAAAUAAAAUAGAACAGAAACAAAAAAAUGUCGAAAAAAAGGAAACAAAUUUUUAAUGCACUAAAUAAAUUAAAAAAUUGUUUCUUAAAUUAAAAAAAAUGACAACUAAUUUUUAGAAAAAAAGAUUGUCUUUUAAUAGACAUUUUUUUAAAAGUCAAAUUUUUUUGUCACUCUAAAGAAACUGACCGAUUUUUAUAAAAAUGAUUCAAUUACACGCUGCAUUGUAGCUGUCAAAAGAAAUGUAAUCCUUUGCCAAAUGCAAUCGACACCUGUCCAUCUAGAAAUUAAAUCGUCUUUCCUGGUUUUUGUUGCUGGAUCUUCAAUCGCUCAAAUUAAUUUUCAGUAAAAACUAAAUCGAUUAUUUAUUUUGUUAUUUGUUUUAUUAUUUAUUUAGAAUUUAUACGAUUCUUUGAUUCAAAAAACAAAUUCUCUUUUCGAAAAAAAGUAAUUUUAUAGAAUUGAGGAAAAAAAUAUAAAUUGUUUAAAUUACAAAAUAAUUUUAAGAGUCUUUAACAACACUGACAUUUAAAAAAACUCUGAAAUUAUUUAAAAAUAAAUUAGGUCAAUUUUUUAUUUGGUUUCAAAAAAAAGAAUUUAUUUGAGAGAUUGAAGUCAGCAAUAUAAAUCUUUCUGUCGUGCAGUGCCUUGUUCGUGGAUAAAUUCAUUUAAAAAAUAGAUUUUAUAGGUGAUGUCAAAUUCAGAUAUAUUGAAAAGAGUGUAGUUAAAAAAAAUUAUGAGGUUACGUUUUCUUGGUUUAACGUACAUAUUUUUUUUGUAAAACAAAUGAAAUAACAAUGUAAUCAGAAAUGAAAAUAUAAAUUAACAAAUGAAAUUAUAUAAAAUAAUAAAAAAUGAAAUUAUUAAAUAAUUAAAAAUGAAAUUAUAUAAAAAUAAUUAUAAAUUAAAUGAUGUAAAAUACACUUAAAAAAUUAUAAAAAUAAAAUCAUAAAUAUAAUAAAGGAGUUUUUUUGUUAAAGUUUUUGCAAUUAUUUAUAGUAAAGUUGACUAAAUGACUAAUUUAUAGAUAAUGUUACUUAAUAAAAAUACAAAAAAAAACUAAACAAAUUUCAAGGAAUAUUCCAUCCAAUAUGUGAAAAAAAAUUAAUGAAAUUAUUUUGCAGAAAUUUCGAAACGUAACUAUGUAGUGAAUGAUGUUUAAAAAGCGAAUAUAAAAAGUUAUUAAUAUAAAUUAUUGCACUGUAUUAUAUUCUAAUAAUUAAUAUUUAUUGAAAUAUAAUAAAAUAUUUACACGAACUGAGAGAACUACGAUCUUAAUUUUUUCAUAAUUUUCCAUAACAUUAAUAAAUAAAAUCUCAAACCAAAAAAAAGAAUCAAAGCAAAAGUUUUCGAAUUUUUUUCAUAUUCGCUUUUAAAUUUGAACUGAACUAAAAAUUUAUCCUCGAAACAAACGAAUGUAAAAUUAUCUGCCAUUUAUUAAAAUUUAAAUUCAAUUUUUAAAUUCAAAUUUUAAGAGUGUGAAUUUUUGGUCCAGCUUUAUAUAAAUAUUCCGUGAAUGGUUAAAAUGUGGGAAAAUUAUGUUUUCUCGUUGAAUUUUUUUUAGAGCUAGGCAAAAAAAAGUCAACGCACUCGACACACUAUAUAAGAGGAAAGUAAAUGUAUAUGUGUAGACAAAAAUUAAUACCAUUGAAAAAAAACUAAAAUUUAUACAUAACCAAAAAAUAGAAAAAAAAUUGUGUAUAUAUAGAUAUUGAGUUUGCGAGUGCACGGCACUUUCACGAAAAAAAGGUGCGCAAUAGUAAAAAAAAAGUGCACUGGCAUCAACACUUAUUAGAUGACGAGAUGUGCCAAAGAAAGAUACGACUUAUUGUUCGUUACAAUGUUACUUUUAUAUUCAUAUAUAGAUGUAUAUAUAAAUAUAAUAUAUUAUAUAAAAAAUUAUAUUAUACAUAUAUACAAAAUUAAAAAAAAAGAUAUAUUAUAUAAAUAAAAAUUAUAAUUGAAUUUGUGAAUGCACGUGCAACGAGGUCGUCUGUUCAUCCGUAUAAAAUGUUACGUAAUAUAGCGUUCGAAAAAACGUGUAUAAAAUUUGUAAAUGUGUAAACGUAAACAAAUGCAAACUGCACAUACAUGUAUAGAAGUCACGUGACCCCCACACAAUUUUACUACUACCACGUGCAUUGGAUCGUAAAUUCAUCCUUUGGUCUCGUACAUCUUAUUUUCUGGACCAUAUAUCUGUAUUUUAUAGGUUUUCCGUCUUUUCGUAAAUGUACACGUAUUAUUGAGAAAGAUUUGAUUGGAUUAUUCAUAAAUUUCAAACGAUUUUUUUUUAUUCCCGUGCACCAACUUCAUACAGAGUUUGAAAAACUACUUUCAAACAAAUCACAGUUUGAUAUAAAUUAUAUAAAUUUGUUUUAAAUCUCAUUUUUCUUUCAGAAACAAAAUUUUUAUGAUGAAAAAUUACUAUUUUUUGUUGCAGUAAAAAUUUUGCUGUAGUUUUAUGAAAUUUCCUUUGUCAGUAAAAUAAUGUUUAUUAAUUUUAUUUACAAACAUUAUUUUAUUUCCAUAGAAAUAAUUUAAUUUUUAAUUUAAUUUAUUUAUUGGAGUAAAAAAUGUAAUUGUUAUAAUUGAAAUAAAUUUUAAUUAAUAACAAUUAUGCAAAAUAGAGAAUAAAUAAUUUUUUCAAAUCUUUUCCCUCAAUAAACGUGGAAAAAAAAUGACAAGACAGGGUUUGUGCUUUAAAAUUGGACGAUGCAUAUACUACUUGAAAACAAAAUGUAAGCUUCAUCUCGAAACAGAUAUCCGUCCAUCACACUUCGACUGGUCCAUUGUCCAACCUCAAUUUAAUAAAUUACACCUUUCCCAAUAUAUAUCCGAAACAUAGACUCAUAUUUAUCAAAUUUAUAGUUUCUAGUAUUUUUCAAUACAUUUCUAUAAAUAAAUUUAAUAUACACAUUUUUCUAAAAUUUAUUACCUACUUUUGAACGAGAGGAAACUUUAUAUAUAAAAAUAAAAAUAGUAAAACACUUUUUAAUGAAAAUCCAUCUUUUUCAAAUCGGAAAAUAAUAAAAAAAAAUUUUAAAUAGCUGCAAUUUUUUAUAAAACAAACUCAUAAAAUUAUAUACAAAAAACUUGAAUAUAUAAUUACAUUGUUAAAAUUUUUAAUCGAGACUUAUAAUUAUUAAAAAAAUGUAAAUAUGAGUCUAUUGGGAUUUUUAUUUGAAAGGUUAUUAAAAAACCAAGCGAAAUGUUAUACACAGCCACAAAUAAGGCUAGUUGUAUUAUUAAUAAAAUUAGGUAGUGAAACUAUAUAAUAUUUGUACUUGAAACAAUAUUAGCAAUUUUUGUUCUCGCAGGCGAGAUUUUAAUAAACUUUUUCGUCUGUGUACGAUUUUGCUGCAGUGAUUAUGUAAGUGUUAAUAUUUGAAGAUUUUUAUUCGAACAGAAGGAAAAAAAUGGUUAAUAAAAAAACUUCGUUAUCUACGCUCUGGAAAACGUGAGAAUUGAAAGUAUAUAUAUAUAUUAUAUUGUGAAAAAAAAGCACGAGGAAAAGAAUCGAAAGUACGAAAGAGAAAUGAAGAAUAAAAAGCUUUAUUUGAAAGUGUCUUUUGAAAAAGGAGCAAUUUUUCUAGUUUAAUGAAAAAUUCUCAAAGCAUUGAAAGUUUCCAAGAAUAUUGUCAAAUGGAUAAUUUUUUCUUUUCCUAUAAAGACAUUUUAUUGUAUAUUUUUAUUUAUAUAGAAAUGUAUUUUCUUUUUAUAUAAUAUAUUAUUUGUGAAAUUGCCCAUUGAUUAUAAAAGUAUUCGCGCACGAUAAAAUAUAUUUGAGCUGACAAUAAAUUAUUUAUAAAAAAGCAAUUAUUUUUAACAAAGGAAAUAUUUUGUUUUUUUUAGUUGUUUAAAAUUAUUAAUAGCUCUUUUUGAGAAUAACAGACUAUUCAAUGGGCUUUCAAAAACAAUUAUUGUCUUAUAUAUUGUAAUAUAUAAUAUAUUUGUACAUUAUAUUUGUCUUUGACAGCUGGUCAUUGUUCACCAGCUGUCUUUUGUCAGCGUGUAUUGAAUACACGCUAAAGUAUUGUGCUUAUGUAAUUAUUAUAAAAAUGUUUAUUGUAAAAAUUACGGAUGCGAGAUAAAAAAAAAACAAAAAAAGAAUUUUAGAAUCAAAGCAUUGUUUGCAAAGUGUAAAAAGCAGAGAAGAAAUUGAGCAAUUUACAUCAAUUUAUUAAAAAAUACAAAUGAAAUAUUUAAAAUUAUGUUUAUGUAGAUAAAAAAUAUUAAUUUUUUCUUAAUUUAAUUUAAAAUUAAUUAAAUCAAAUUAAUUUUUUAACUACAAUUUUUAAAAGUAAAAUUUAAAAAUUGAUAAUUUCUCAAAUUUUCUAGUCAUUUUAUUUAUUAUUUAUUUUAUCUGUAAUUUAUUUAAAUUUUUACUGAUUUUAAGGGUCAAAUGUUUCACCCACUAGCCUACAAAAAAAAAUAGUCAACCACUUUCUAUUCAAACAAAAGGAAAAUGUUUAGAAAAUUUUAUUACAGUCUAGAAAAUAAAAUAUUUUCAAGAUUAUAAUAAAUUAUUUUUCGAGAAAAGCAUGAAUUCCUGAGAGGUACCAUAUUAAAAUAUUAUUUCAGUAUUAAGAAAUUAAAAAUCCUUUAAAGUUGUCAAUAUUUUAAAAAAUUGAAUAUUAAUUCAUUAAUUAAUUUCGUUCAAUUUUCAAUUUUUUUGAAAUAUAUAAAAAAUUCUAAAAUCCCCUUUUUUCCGAAAAUCUUUAUAUAUAUGUUAAUAAAAAUUAUUCUCGCUUCUUUUUGAAAAAAAAUCUAUCUCAAUUGAUGAUGAUCCGUACUACCGUAAUUAAAAAAUGUUGUAUAGUAAAAAUUGAGAGUUUAAUAUUUUUGUUUUCGCAUCACGUUGAACGUGUUGCGCUGGUAUAUAAUGUAUGUAAGUAUGAGUAUGUGUGCUAAGAAUGUAAUUUUAUGUAAUAUUAAAAAAAGUGUUUCAUGUGGAUUAGAAAAAAAAUAUCUGCGUUUUAAAUUUAAUACCCUUUCUUUUUUAUUUUCGAGCAUUAUUCCAAACAAAAAUGAAAUUAUAUAAGAAUAGUGUCGUCCAUAUAGUAAAUGUAAAUAUUUCACAUCUCUCUCAUUCGAAGUUCGCUUUUUAGAGAGAAAUAUAUAAGUAUUUUUCACUAAUUGUAAAACUUUGAUUAUUGAAUAAAUCGAUUAUAAAUAACUCAAAUGAACUAAAAAAUGUAAUUAAUUAUGAAUUUUCUCCUAAAGUAUUCAAAUUAUUUGAUAAAUAUAUGUAUUAUUUUUUAAUAUAUUUUCGAUAUUGUCUAAUAUUGUUCAAAAAAAUGAAAAAAAAUUUCUGAUGUCAAUAUUAUUCAAUAUAUAAUAAAAUAUAUGAAUUUUAUAAUUUCAAUUUAGUUUUGUUUAAAAAAUAUGCUUACAAAGAAUGGAUAAAAAAGAAAUUGUUAUAUGUGUGUGGUAUAAUUUAAUUAAAAAGAAUAUUUGUGCGUUAAAAACAAGAUACGAAUUUAUUGUAAAAAAAAACUUGAAAUUGGUGCUGAAAGUGAUUUACGAUUGUAAAUUAUGAUCGAUGCUUGUAUUUGAUUAGAAUAUAAUCAUCAACUUUUAUGUUGUUUUGAAAAACAGUGUGAUAUAAAACUAUCGAAAAAAAUUUGGUGCGUUCUUGUAAAUAAUAAAUAGGUUAUACGUUGUA